CCAGAACUGGCUGUGGGCGGCCGGGCUAGCCCAGGGCUCAGGGCAGAAGUGGCGACGGCGACAGCUACAGCGAGGGACGGCUCCCCGGAGACACCGGCCAACUGCCCGCCCGCCGCAGUUGCCAGACUAUGUUUACACUCCUGGUGCUACUCAGCCAACUGCGCAUACUUACCUUCGCGUUCCCUCACCACACAAGAAGUCCAGAGGAGUUGAGGCAUGCGGGAGAAGAAGUCUUUACAUCAAAAGAAGAAGCAAACUUGUUCAUAUGUAGACACCUCCUAUAUAAUAGAUUUGAUUUGGAGCUCUUCACUUCCAGUGACCUAGAAAGAGAAUGCAGAGAAGAACUUUGUAAUUAUGAGGAAGCCAGAGAAAUUUUUGUGGAUGAAGAUAAAACGAUGGCAUUUUGGCAAGAAUAUUCAGUUAAAGGACCAACCACAGAAUCAGAUGCUAACAGAGAAAAAAUCGAUGUUAUGGGCCUUCUGACUGGACUAAUUGCUGCUGGAAUAUUUUUGGUUAUUUUUGGAUUACUUGGUUACUAUCUUUGUAUCACUAAGUGUAACAGGCAACGACAUCCAGGUUCUUCAGCCACCUACGCAAGAAGGGGCAGACACACUCCCUCCAUCGUUUUCAGAAGACCUGAGGAGGCUGUCUUGCCUCCAUUGCCACCUUCAGUGGAGGACACAGGAUUACCUUCUUAUGAACAGGCAAUGGCACUGACCAGAAAACAGAAUGUUUCGCCACCACCACCAUAUCCUGGGCCAGCAAAAGGGUUUAGGGUAUUUAAAAAAUCUAUGUCACUCCCAUCUCGCUAAGCCCACCUUGUUGUCUUGGUGAUAUAGGACAUUCACAUUAUUUAAAUGGUUUGUUUUCCCUGAACCAAAAAGACAUGUCGAUUCAGCCCUUUAUGACAAACUGCAGAGAGUAAAGGAGGAACAAGCACGUGUACUAUGCCACUGGAGAUCUGUUAGCAUCCUGGACCUAAACUUGAUCAUAAUCAGCUGGAUAAGGAACUUUGUAUCUUUGCAGUUAAGAAGAGAGCACUUUUUUGUUCCUUUUAAUGGUUCAAAAAAUCUGUUAUGGGUGUCACAGCUACAACUGGGGAACUAUCUGUAUCCUCUGUACAGAAGAAGUUUGUAGAUUUCUUGUAUUGAAUACUAAAAAGGUAAGAAUUUCUAACUAUUAGGUUAUCCCAAGUCAUAAUAUUUGACCUACUCUUUUUUUAGGAUUUCUUUUUGGUUGGAAAUACUUCACAGAAUUUGGCAUUUAAAUAUAAAUUGGUGGCCUUUAUAUAAUCACUUGUUUUUUUAUUUUAAAUUAUUGCAUAGCAUUCACCAUAUUUUGCACGUUCUUAUUGUGAACUCUUGCUAUCAGUCAUAUUAUGGGGAGUGGGGUCAAUAGUUUUCUUUAAAAAAAACCAAACAAAUACUUGAUAGAGAGUUAGUUCUUCAGAGGGAACAGGGUUGCAAUGUUACAGAUUUGAAAGGGUUGUUACACCACCAAAUAAAGGUACAGGCCUCAAAUCUAGGAGUGACAGCUUGAUAAGUUGUGCAUAUUAAUGAUGAGUAGACACACCCAUUUUCAUUGCUAUGUUGUCUGUAUUGACUAUAACUAUUAAUCUGGAAAAUUUGUUGAAUUUUAUAAAUAAUAGUUGGAGAACCUGGAAGAAGUAAUUUACUUUUCUGCUAUCAAAAUAAUAUUGAUUAAAGUUACCAGCAACCCCCUGUAUCUCUUAAUGUCUAGACACAGAACACCAUAGGUAAUCAUUUUGACCUAUAUUUUGUAUUUUCUUCUAAUUGUAUGUAUGACCAGUCUCCCCUUAAGAACAUAGUAGAGUAUAAGCUAUAAAUUUCUGGAACGAAUGUUUGUGCACAAAUUUAUUUGAGUGGGUGUGUAUGUAUAUGUGAAUUUGUUUCCUCUUUGCAGGAGCUCAAAAAAAAAACAUACUCCUGAGAAAUAGAAAAUUCUGUUAUGUUUUUUGCCAGGCAUUGCUUUUUUCCUAUUUAAGACCAUUUAUAAAAUUGUAUUUUGUUUUAUAUUUUCACACAGGUGAGAUUAAGACUCACAUGCAUUUGAUAAUUCCUUCCAAAUUAAAUGUUUAGAAAAUAUAAAUCAUAUUAUACUGUGUGUUUGAGUGUAUGUCUCUCUUUUAAGACAGCAUGAUCUUAAUGCAGAUAAAAGAAAGAUCUUAAUCAUUAUAGACUGCUAAAGACUUUAUUUACCUUUUAUAUUUUCAGUCUCUUUGGUUGCGUGUUACAAAGAAAUCAUCUGGCAACAUUUAGAUAUAAUUAGGAAGAAGUCUUUUUAAAGCCACCUACGUUACCUAUAAAAAUUUUACUAUUUGUCAUACCUUGGCUUACAUAAGCACUUUUCCUCAUGUAACUUUGCACUUUGCCCUUAUUUUAAUCCUCUUUAAAAGGUCAGAGGCAAACUACUCACUUUAGCAAUCACACUGAGGCAUAGAAGGAUAGCUUGACCAAAAUCUAACAUGUUGGUGAGAGCUAGGUUUAGAAUGAACAAGCACACUAUUCUAGGCCCAUCUCAUAUCUAUAGAAUUACACUGUCUCAAAUUAUGAAAUUAUAAAAUAGAAACAACUAAGUUUUAUGAGAAAUGUAUAAACAUUUGUCAUAUAUACAUAAAUGUAUAUAGGUGCAUAUAUUACAUAUCUGUAUAUGUGUUCUCACACGUGUGUUUCUUAGGAUGAAUAAAAAUAUAAGAUACGGGGGCUUCCCUGGUGGCACAGUGGUUGAGAGUCCGCCUGCCGAUGCAGGGGACAUGGGUUCGUGCCCCGGUCCGGGAAGAUCCCACAUGCCGCGGAGCGGCUGGGCCCGUGAGCCAUGCCCGCUGAGCCUGCGCGGUCGGAGCCUGUGCUCCGCAACAGGAGAGGCCACAACAGUGAGAGGCCCGCGUACUGCAAAAAAACCCCAAUAUAUAUAUAAGAUACGAUAUAUCUUUUAUUGAAUCACAAUUUGAAAUAUUCCAUGAACUUGUUUACUCCCAUUGACUCACAAGAAUCUAACUGCAAAUCUAGCUUCAGAGCCUGUGACAACCCCUGUCACCCCAGCAGUAGCCUAGAUUUGUCAUGUGCCAUCAUUAAGUGUGAAACUGUUGCUCUGACUUGAACAAAUCUAGAAUUUAUCAUUAAGGUUAUGAAAUACCUGGUAUUUGUAGAGCAUCCAAUGUUGAGCUCAUAAUACUUUAAAUAUAAAAAAGAAAAUGUGAUAGAACCAUAAUCAAAUACUUAUAAUAAUUAAAAGGAAAAUAUCAAUAUAAAAUUAUUGACACAUAUUUCUGUCCCAUUCACGCUUUUCUAUUCCUUGUAUACUUUUGGUGGUGGGUUUUCUAGUUUGAUUAAUUUGUUUUGUUUGUGCUUCUUCCCUGGGUAACAUAUUAGUGUUAACCAUUAAAUCUAUUUUUGACACAAAGCUUUCUAAUUAGGUAUAUCAGUUUUCUCCUCUAUCACAAUCAGGAAAUGAAUGUAAUAUGGGUAUGAAAAGGGAAUAAGCCUAGAAAAAGACAAGUACACAUUAAUAGGGUUAUGCCUUCAGUAGGCUAGAUAAUUCUACACAGAAUAUUCUCUUUUCAAGAUGAAAAAAAUCAAAGAGAGCACAAAUUAUGACUGUGUCAAAGUUUUGCAUCUGUUAAUAUUGUGCCCUCUGAGUGAUUAUACAGAGCUGGGUGAUAAUUCUCAGAACAAUUAAAAACUAGAGCAACAGCAUCCUCUGUGUCUGGUUUCCCGUUUGCCUGUAAAAUUCUAAUCAUUUUUUCCUAUUUCUCAGAUAAGUUAUGUAUGUGUGUACUUUUCCUAUAUGUGCAAGAGAAUUUUUUAGUGAGAAAAAGUUUGUUAGUGCUGUUUAAAAGCUUAAUUUCAUAUUAUUCAUUUUGCUUUUGUUCUAACUGAAUGUGAAAUAAAUUAGUUACUAGUUUGAUUUGAAAUGUAUGUGACAUUUAUACUACUAGAAGAGUGUCUAGAAUUUCUGUAAUUUUUUAAAAAACUAGAUUCUUUUGUAGAUCCUGCCUGUGUAGCAUUUUGGAACACAUAUGAUAUAUAAUGAUGCCUUCAAUCUUCUGUAUUGUGUGUUUCCUUCAACAUUUUUUGUCGUUUACAAAUGUCUCCCUAACAGUUUAAGAGUUUAAGGCAAUUCAGUACAAAUUUGUCAGCAUUUUCAUUAUCUGGAAAAAGCAACCCAUUUUUGAAUGCAUAUUUUUCCUACAGGUUUGAUUAUAUUUUGGUUUUAACGGAUU